UGGGGGGCCCCGGAGAGGGUGGCCUCCCAGUGCACUGGCUGCCUCCCUCCCCUGGCUCUCCCGGGCUGGGAAAACAACCUGUAUCAGGGUGGGUGUGGUGUGUGCUUUGCACUCAGCUCUUCUCUCAGGACUCCCUUGAGCUCCAUUCACACCAGAGAGGGAGCAGGAGAGAGAGGACAGGCGGAACCAACAGCCUCAACUCCAGGGGAAUAAGGGCAUCGCCUCCUUUUGGUGAAGGACACUCCCUUCUGAUGGAGAAUGGGAACUCCCUUCCUCCUGCAGCGGCCUGCCUGCAGCACUCCCGUUAGGUCACCCUGGACGCUGUAGGCUGCUGUGGCUGCCUCGCCCCAGAAAGAAAGUGCCCCAGAGCCAAAGCAAAGAGAGCUGCAGUAACCGAGAAGUUCAGAGAGCCGGCGUGGGGCUGCUGGGAAAGCAGCCGCAGCACAGUGACAGUGACACGGAGCAGACGACACCCAGUGGAUUUCCGUGUUGCCCUUGGACGAAGAGGCACAGUCCUCAGCCUACAAGGUUUUCAGCCUUGAAAGCACACCCUAAGCAGCAGCCGCUGAGCCAUGGCUGAAGGGGAAAUCACAACCUUCACGGCCCUGACGGAGAAGUUCAAUCUGCCUCCAGGGAAUUACAAGAAACCCAAACUCCUCUACUGUAGCAACGGGGGCCACUUCCUGAGGAUCCUUCCAGAUGGCACAGUGGAUGGGACGAGGGACAGGAGCGACCAGCACAUUCAGCUGCAGCUCAGUGCGGAAAGCGUGGGGGAGGUGUAUAUAAAGAGUACCGAGACUGGCCAGUACUUGGCCAUGGACACCGACGGGCUUUUGUACGGCUCAACACCAAAUGAGGAAUGCUUGUUCCUGGAAAGGCUGGAAGAAAACCAUUACAACACCUACACAUCCAAGAAGCACGCAGAAAAGAAUUGGUUUGUGGGUCUCAAGAAGAAUGGAAGCUGCAAACGCGGUCCCCGGACUCACUAUGGCCAGAAGGCAAUUUUGUUUCUCCCCCUGCCAGUCUCCUCUGAUUAAAGAAAUCUCUCCUGGGUGCUGACCACUUGAGAGGAGGUCCUCACCCAGCUGACCCCAGGUUGUCCCCUUGACUAUUGGCUGCACUAACCCCUGGCCCACAGAGCCUGAAAUUGUAAGCAGUGCGCUUCCAAAUGCCCAGUUCACUUUUUUGCAGAGCCUUUUACCCCAGCACAGUUUUGAACAGAGGGAUCAAAUAGCUCCUAGGGGCCAACUGGGUGGCCAGUCUGGGUGUGUGGAUGCCCAGUUGCCUCUGGGCACCUGCUGCAGGCUGAGCCUCUCAAUGCAAAGGCGGGGCCAAAUGAAGUGUGUUCAGGGAGCUGCCAGGGUCAUUAGUAACCGCAUACAAUUCCCUCUACUGAGAAAAUCCUGUCUGUGAUUCCCCGAAACACUUGGCAUGAUGCCCUUUCGUCCUUUCAACACCCCACAAAUAUUAGCAGGGAAGCUUAUGGCUAGGUUAGGGGAAGGCAGUGUUCCAUGAGUAGAAACUAGGAUGAAGAAAAUCUCCCCUUGAGAACAGAAGGGAUUAAAAUGGCAAGGGGAGACUGGGUUCUGGUGGGCUCUCAGUGUAGAAUAAAUGAAGGAUGGGAGCUUCAGCCCACAGGAAAGCAGAAUAAAUGCAUAGCAUUGGGAGUCAUUACAAUGCCGUGACUUUCCCAAGAUAAUUCGGCAGCAGGAAGCCCCUGGAUGAUGUCAGAUGGACAGCAUGAGAAGUGGGUUCUUGAUAAAAGCAAAAACAUCAGAUAUUGGUAAAUUCAUUUGGGUCUGGGGUGUGGGAGUGCUGAGAAAGAAAGGCAACGUGGGCUGAGGGGAUGAUUUCCUCUAAAGAGGUUGAUUCCAGAAGUGAGAAGGAAAGAUGGAGGGACACCAUGACUGUGCCUGGUCCCCAGAAAGCAGAGGCUUUGGGGUCCCAGGCAAUGCUUACAAAUCACAUGCAGAUCGUGUUUGAGUGUAGGUUCUGAUUCAGUGGUUCUGGGGUGCAGUCUGUGCAUUUCUAACAAGCCCCCAGGUGCUACAGAUGCUGCUGUUUCCUCUUGCACCCCCCCCCCAUACUUAAAGUAGCAGAGUCCUGAAGCAUGCUGUCCAAAGGAAGGGGGCCCAAGGCCCCCGAGCCUCUCUUGCCUUGCCCAUAAAAAACGCAUACCCCACGAGUCUUCCUGAACACUCAGGCAGCAUCAGGAGCAGUUAGGCCCGUGCUAAGGAACAUGGAUUUAAGGCGCUUUGGCCCAGUGCCUAUAAAAUACCCAUUCAGAAUAUAUACAAAAGCAUACUUCAAAAAUGUUAAACCCUCACAAACAGCUUUUCUCAAGAGACCAUUUGUGUUACGAUUACUUGUAUAAAUAUGCUUCCUGCUUAGAGUAAACUUGACCCAAGUGGCUAGCAAAUUAGAAACAACAUUCAUCUCUGACAUAUGAUACUGUUGCCAUGUAAAGGUCUUUAAUAGGCCAUUUAAAUUUACUGUGAGACUGUAUGUUUUAAUCACAUUUAUAAAUAUGUAGCUCAAAGGCAGUUAACUGAUUAGCAUUCAGCCACUGAGAAUGAUAAUCAUAGGACAUGAUGUAUAAGCUCCUCAAUUAUCUACUACUUGUACUACAUUUACCUAUAAAAAGAGAUUGUACUUUGUUUUCAAUUGUGGUAUUACAAGUUUUCCUUUGAAAACAGGGACGCUUAAGCAACAAGAGGGUAACUGUGGAUACAAACUGAUGAGAAUAUUAGCUCAUGUUCUAAGGAACUGACAUUAUUAACGGAAAAAAUAACUCCUUAUAAUUGCAUUGUCAUAUUUAUGAUAAAAAAAAAAAAGAUGGUUUGUGAAGGUUCAAAACAAUAUAGUGCAAUUGAGGAACCAAACUAAGUUAAUGCUGCGAUUAAUAAUAUCAUUCUGCAUUUGUACAGAAAAACGACUUCAGAACUUUGUUUUUGUAACUUGGAUAAGACCAUUCUACUUUAUUUUAGUAAAUCCUUCCAGGCAAGCUGGAGAUAGUGCAGUGUGGUUUAACAUUUCUUUACUAUGAAGAUUUGGCCAGAAAAGGGUAUGCAGAGAGGAAAUCUAAGAUAUAUAAUGGUCCAUAAUUUUUAGGGUAUGAAUCAAAUUCAAAUAUAACAUUAGCCAAGAAAAAUUAAACGUUGCUAACAGAUGAGAUGGAAGCUUGUGGUUUCAAAGACCCAAAGCAGUUAGAAGAAACACUAUCAUGGCCUUGCCAGCCUCCACCCGGUCAUCAUUCAUAUAUUCAUUCACUGAGUAUUUUUUUCAGUGCCUACUGUGUGUCAGGCACUGUACUGGGUACCGGGGCACCCGGAAACAAUGUCUGUCUGGUUUUCUGCUGUAUUCUCUCCCAGGGCAUUAUAUUUAUGAUGAAAGAUGCUGUGGAUUCAUUUAUUUCAGCCAAGUUAAAAACAGAGACUUUGUAGGUUGCUGCUGAAUAAACAGCAAGUCCCAGAAACCCAGGUUCUGGAAGAAUUUGCAAUACCCAGUAUAAGAUAACCCCCAUCAAAGUAUCCGAGGACCUGGCCAGGUAAACCCAAUAUUUCCAACUGUAGAACCAUGACAGCUUUAGGAGGACCGGUUUCAAGUUGGGAAAAGAGCCUGUCAGAUCUUGUAAGAAGGAAGUAGGUGGCAGUUCCCUGCUCCAUUCGAGUUCCUUACACACGGAGUGUUCCUGUUGCCCUCUCUCUCUUUUCCUUGAGUAAGUGAGGUAGCCAUCUGCUUGUCACACGUCUCUCAUGUGGAUUCAUUUUCAGGCCAACUGUUAAGAACUGCCUGAUAUUCUCUACAAAGGAUCAGGAGCAUUUACCGCUUUUGAUUGUUUGCAAGAUGGCGGUGGAGGUGGCAGUGAUCUGUUUCCUUGGAAGGGAUAGUUAGAGCCUCCCCCGGCCAACAGUGUGUGCUUACCAAAAACUGACUACCGCAUCAUACGUUACUAAAGAUGGAGGUCCUCGCUUUGUGUCAGAGGCAGUGGAGCCCAGCUCCCCAGCCUUGUUAGAAUAGACUGCCUAAAAGAACCGAGCCCAUGGGCUGCGAAGCAGACCUCUGAUGAAGAAGACACCUGUCAUUUUACAUCACUGUCUCUUUAAUUUUGGCACCCUGCAAGUAUUAAUAAACGUUCCACUAAAAGGC